AUGGAUGAACACAAUGCCUGUGAGUACCUUGAAACGGCACUAACAGUCUUCGUAAUUGGUGCAUCAGGAGAUCUGGCCAAGAAGAAAACGUAUCCGUCUCUUUUUGCGCUUUACGCAUCAGGUUACCUUCCAGAGCACGUCGUUAUUGUGGGUUAUGCACGUAGUACCAAGAAAGAUGCCGACUUUCGCAAGCAGAUUGCGCCUUAUAUUAAAUCCAAGACGACUGAGGCCGAGGCGAAGAAGGAGGACUUCCUUAGCAAGUGCAUCUAUCGCAGUGGUAACUAUGACUCGGCCGAGGACGUGGGGAAAGUCAGUAAGGAGAUGGAGGCGUUCGAAGAAGCUCAUGGUACAUCUGUGGUCAACCGCCUCUUUUACUUUGCCAUCCCGCCCACGGUCUUUGAGCCUAUUGGCUUGAGCAUCAAGAAGGCGGCGCUCACGUCGUGUGGCUGGAACCGCCUGAUUGUCGAGAAGCCCUUCGGCCACGAUCUUGAAUCGUUUAAUAAGCUGUCAAAGGAUAUGGGGGUGCUCUAUAACGAGGACGAGAUCUACCGCAUUGACCACUACCUCGGCAAGGAAAUGGUGCAGAAUCUUCUGGUGUUGCGCUUCAGUAACACCAUCUUUGAGCCCAUUUGGAACCGCAAUUACAUUUCAAGCGUGACUAUCACGUUCAAGGAAGACAUUGGCACGGAGGGCCGCGGCGGUUAUUUUGAUUCGUACGGCAUUAUCCGUGAUGUCAUGCAGAACCACUUGCUGCAAGUACUGUCACUCGUAGCUAUGGAGCCUCCUGUCAUGGCUGCUGGCAAUAAUUACUCAAAUUACAUUCGCGACGAAAAGGUCAAGGUGCUGAACUGCAUUGAGCCUAUUAAGUUGGAGAAUACGGUGCUUGGCCAGUACGAGGGCGACAAGGAGCGCAAUGAACCUGGCUACCUCGAUGACCCGACCGUGCCCAAGGAAUCGGUGACCCCUACGUUCGCUACGGCGAUCAUGUAUGUGAACAAUCCCCGCUGGUCUGGAGUCCCCUUCAUUAUGAAGGCAGGCAAGGCGCUAAACGAGCGCAAGGGCGAGAUUCGGGUGCAAUUUCGUCCGCCGCCUGCAGUCGAGCACAUGUUUCCAGGCGUAGAGAUUCCCGUACAGGAACUGGUGCUCCGUCUUCAGCCAGAGGAGGCCGUGUACAUGAAGAUGAACAUGAAGAGCCCGGGUCUGCAGACCCAGGCGAUCUCAAGCGAGCUAGAUUUGUCGUACUCCGAGCGUUACGAAGGCACAGAGGUGCCGGAUGCUUACACUCGCCUUAUUUUGGACGUGCUGCGUGGCAAGCAAGCCGCUUUUGUGCGCGAUGACGAGCUACGCGCGGCCUGGAAGAUUUUCACGCCGCUUCUGGACGAGAUCGAGGGCCAGAAGGUCAAGCCGCUACCGUAUACCUUCGGCUCGCGCGGACCGAAAGAGAGUGACGAGCUGGUGAACAAGGCUGGUUUCCAGUACCACCAUGUUCAAACACAAGAGAUGACACAGAGACGGCGUCCAGCCAACCGGAAGGGGCCUCGCUCUGCUGAACACCGCAAGUUUAUGAGUCCGCAUCUACUUGAUCCCCGGUCCACAUGUGAUAGUCCGUUAUUAAGCUCAAGUCUCGAGAUAUCGACGACAGUCGCGAUGGCGCAGAAUGAAGACGACAAGAACACAGCGAUCAAGACAUUCGUACUUAAGGGGGAGACACCGCAAGACGUUAGCGGUGCAUCAACUACUGCGUCGUCUUCCGAUGAUGGAGAGACGAAAAGAAAGAUGGAUUAUAUUGAAAAAGAGAAGGACGAGACGACGGUCGAUUCUGAUGAGCUGCCGCGUCGUAGCAGACGUAAACGUCGCGUGGUGAUAUUGCUUAGUCCGUCGGAGGUGUCGUCCCGUUACAAGCGGAGAAUUGUUGAGCCAAAGGUGCAAACGCUGCUGAAGACUCGUCCUAUAGCGGCAAUAGAUGCUGCUGAUCGUGUGGAAGCUGCAGUGAAGGAGAAGAAACGGAAGCAGAUUGCUGCCAAGCGAGCAAAAAAGACGGUCUGUAAAGGCAAAACGACGCCCAAUGGCCUUGUAUCUCCUGUUCAGGACGAGAAGAAAAAAACGCCAAAGAAGAAACGGAGCACUAAGGCACGCCGUUCACUAGAGCCUGUAUAUUGUUUUGAUUUGCAGACAACGUACGUCUCAAAGCUCAUUAACGAGCUUUAUGAAGAGCAGGAACAGGAUGAUCGAGAGAUGUAUAACAUUACAAGAGAGACGGUUUUGAACGAGACAAGUUCGUGCAUGUGCUCUCAGCAGAUUGAAAACCUUAACAUGGAGGAAUUUCGACGUUUGAUGACGUACGGAGAAGUAUCGGUUGAGUCGGUGGCCACCACGAUCCUGCCUUUGCUGGAUCUAGGAGAAAAUGACGUAUUCUUUGACCUUGGGUGUGGCACAGGCAAAAUCCUAGUGCAAGCCGUUUUGCAAACGCCGUGCAAACGGGCAACCGGUAUCGAGCUUAUGCAGAAUCGCGUUUUAGAAGGACACAAGGCACUGAAACGACUACAAGAACGUGAUAUCGCUAUCCUACGCGACAAGCAAAUUAAGAUCUUCCGGGGUGACAUCUUUGUUCCCCCCGAGCAAGCCCGUCUGAUGGAUGCCACUGUGGUCUUCAUUAACAACGUCAUGUUCGGCCCUGCUCUCAUGUUAAAGGUGAUGGAGCUUCUCAAGGAUAUGUCCAAACUACGCUGUGUGAUAACACUCCGAAAAAUCUGUGAGCGUCACGGAGACGUCAAGUGCACACGUGCUGGUAAUUUCUGCAUUGAGUACGUCCAUCCGCCAAUUGAAGCAGAGAUUGACGUGUCCUGGGCUGACAAGACCUCGGUGUAUCUCUACGAAAGUCUCGAUUACAAGUUGAGGGAGUUGAGGCGUCAGCUGGCUAACGGCACCACUGGGUCAACAGGGUGGCCCAAAGUAGACGGCGCAUCAAAGUGGAGACGGGCUUGA